AUGGCUACCGCCGCUGUUGCGUCUACCACUGGCUUUAUGGGCAUGUGGAAUGGUACUAAGGACGGCAGGGAAGAAGGAUACGUUGACUGGGCCAGCGGCGUAACCAACAUCCAUGACCCUCUACAAGUAAAGAUCGAGGUUGAGGACAUCCGAACACUAAACCCUCAGCCAAGCUACGAGAGCAACGGAUACGGGAUUGUGAAGCACAAGUCUUCUUUAACCCCCGACCAGUUCUUGGCUGGCAACGACCCCGAAGGCAAGAAAUAUAUUGAAGAUGUGUACUACAAGGAGGUCGCAGAGCUUGUUAAGCAGGUCACCGGCUCUGAUAUUGUGGUUCCCUACGUGUUCCGCAUCCGCCAGAACAGCAUGAAGGCCGGCGAAUUUGCCGCUAACAAGCUUUCGCAUGCUGCUCUUCCCGUCGCCCACGUCGAUCGAGACGCCGUGACGGGAGAAGAUGGUGUGCGAGAGGUACUUGGCGAGCAGGCGGAUGAGCUCAUCAAGCAGGGGAAGCGAUAUGCCCAGGUCAACGUCUGGCGCACAGUCGACCACCCUAUCCAGAAGUGGCCUCUCUGCUUCAUCAACCACAGCGGCGUCGACGGCUGGAGCUACGACACCCACUUGGCACGCGUGUAUCCUACCAAUGACCCCAGGAUAGUCAUCCGUGGCACGAAAAAGCACGACAGCGUCGUGAAAUACGACCCAGGUUACAAGUACCACUACGUAAGCAAGCUCGACCUAGACGAAGCUCUCGUCUUCUCCUCAUUCGACUCGGACGUGACUAAGGUCUGUCCCCACGGCGCGUUCUGGGACGAUGCUAGCCCGGAUGAUGCACCGACGCGCCGAUCCAUCGAGGUUCGCUGCUGGGUCUUCUUCGACUAA